ACAUCUGACAGGCCCCUCUCCAGCUCACACUGAUCCCUGCUCCUUCCUCCCCUCUCGGUCCCCGCACAUCCCUGCAUAGCUCUGUUCUCUGCCACGUCUGAGUGGUGGUUUUCACACUUUAUUUUUAGCAGCAGAGGCUUUUUGCCUUUCCACCUUAGAUUACGAGAGACUCCAGUGUGUAAAACUGUCUCCCCCGUCACUGUCCCUCUCCUCAGCCUCUGGAGCACAGCUGAGGGGCCCUGGGGUCCUCCGAUCCAGGCCACCGCAUCACUUCUAGCUCCCAACCUUCAGUGCUGCCCAGCCAGUGCCAUCCUGUCUGUCCUGCGCUGAGCCACCAUGGUGACUUUUCUAACAGAAGACUUGGCCUAAGACCCUCCUGGGCAAACCAGCACCUCAAGGGAGAGGCGCAGCCCCACAGGUGGAACCAGCUCUACCCCCAAGCAGCUGCUGCCCCAUCCUCCGUCUGCUCUAGCCCUGACGUGCUAACCUGAUGAGCAGCAACAGCAGUAAGAGAGCUCCGACGACGGCCACGCAGAGACUGAAGCAGGACUACCUUCGGAUCAAGAAGGACCCAGUGCCUUAUAUCUGCGCUGAGCCCCUCCCUUCGAACAUCCUUGAAUGGCACUAUGUUGUCCGAGGCCCUGAGAUGACUCCUUAUGAGGGCGGCUACUAUCACGGAAAACUAAUCUUCCCCCGAGAGUUUCCCUUUAAGCCUCCUAGUAUUUAUAUGAUAACCCCCAAUGGAAGAUUUAAAUGCAACACGAGGCUGUGUCUUUCCAUCACUGAUUUCCAUCCCGACACAUGGAACCCGGCGUGGUCCGUCUCAACCAUCCUCACGGGGCUCCUCAGCUUCAUGGUGGAGAAGGGCCCCACGCUGGGCAGCAUCGAGACCUCGGACUUCACGAAAAGACAGCUGGCUGCACAGAGUUUAGUGUUCAACCUGAAAGACAAAGUCUUCUGUGAAUUGUUUCCUGACGUCGUGGAGGAAAUUAAGCAGAAGCAGAAAGCCCAGGAUGAGCUCAGCAGCAGGCCCCCGACCCUGCCCCUGCCAGAUGUGGUCCCUGAUGGCGAGGCCCACCUUGGCCAGCACGGGGCCCCGCUGUUCAACGGGCAUGUGCCAGUGGCUGGGCCAAACCCCCCGGGGCUGCAGCAGGCCAACCGCCACCACGGACUCCUGGGAGGCGCACUGGCGAACUUGUUUGUCAUCGUGGGGUUUGCUGCCUUUGCCUACACAGUCAAGUACGUGCUGCGGAGCAUAGCUCAGGAGUGACAGUACAGCAAUAUCUGCGGGGCAGCCAGGCCAGGCAUGGACAGCGGCAGGGCUACAGGCGGGCAGACGUGCAGCCAGCACAGUGCCUCACCUGCGUUUAGCUCUUUAAAAGCUGGAAAAGGACAAAACCGAAGGGUGAUUGGAGGAGGCGGAGCAAGCCUGUGAAGCCCUCUUCUCCCAGCGGUAUCAUUGGGGUUGGGGCCAUGGAGCUGCUCGGAGCGCAUCCGACAUGCGGGCCGUCAAGCUUUGAUUUUUAUAGUACAUUUCCUGUUUUGUCUUUGGACUUGUUUUAGUAAACGUUUUUCAUUUUAUUAGA